AUGACUGAAAGAGCAAACCCACCCAUUGUCACCACCACCGCCCCGAGCCCUGAAGAUCCUCCUCCUCUCCGAAGCUCUUGUGAUGGCUGCAACCUGGCCAAGGUUAAGUGCUCGAAGGAUAGACCUUCCUGUCGACGGUGCACCUUGCGUAACACGGCGUGCAUUUACGGAGUCUCGCUCCGUGGCAUGAAGAGACCAAGGCCAGAUACCCAGACACAUGAGGCUCAUCGGCGUGAACAGGAGAAAAGAAUUACUGGUUCCCAAUCUUCUAUUUAUGCUGGCGAUGUGCAACCACCUCACAAUGUCAAUCCGACCGAGUUGCCGUCUGGCAUUUUGCUCCCUGACUGGGACAAUGACUUCCACUUAAGCUGCCUGUCCGAGCAGAAUUAUGGCGAAUCAACGUUUUUGGACAUACUUGGAUCUACAACUCUUGAUUGUACUAAUCCCACAUCGCUAUCAUUCGGUAUUUCUAGCUCCUCUUCACCCUCUUCACCUGGAUCUGCUACGGAUCUUGGAAUACCGUUGUCUCCGCUCGAAAUCCCUCUCACGCCUCCAUCGCCAGCCUGUUCGUUACACGACCCCCAACAAGCUCGUCUGAUUGGCAUAGAAUCGCCAGUUGAUCCAUCAUUAUGUUGUUGCCAGCAAAAAAUCGCUGGAAGAUUGGCCGACUUGGAUGGUCCGAAGGAAUGCCAGGCUAUGCUGUUGGAGGAAUUUUUGAUAGAACACCGAAGCAACAUGGCUAUUUGCACGUCUGUUCUUCACUGCUUGAAUCCCCAUAACCAACACGGAAUGCUUCUUCUCGUUGAGCUUGUUGCUCUCUUGACCCACAUGGUGGUUGCUUUUGAUCAAAUACUAUACCAAAGGGACGAGUCGCGUACGCGGUCCCCGACAGCAGCGUCAUGGUCCUAUUUCUGCCAGCUUGACAGCCGAAAAGAGAGAGUGUUUCAGACCAAUACUCUACGAGCUGAACUGGCUAAACUGAGCGGGUUGGUUCAAGACUUUGACCGGCGGUAUUGUGUUCUCGACCAUACCCCAUAUGACGACGACGUGUUUCUUCUCUCGCCUUUAUUCUCCAACCUCCAGUGGAAGACUCAAAUAAGAUUCGACGCAUUACGGUCUUGGACACCACCGUGUCAAUCUAGUUAUGAACUCUGGAAUUCUGCGUUUUACUCUCUCUGA